AUGAGUGAAAAAGAGUCUCAACCGGGUCAGAAAAAAACCGGCAAAAAAACCCUUCCACCUUACAGUACACCUGAAAAGUUAAAGCACGAGAUCCCAGAAUUAUCGAUAUCUACUAUUUCUCACCCCUCUUCAGAAGAACGAAUCAAAAGUUUAUUAAAAAGCAGAAGUAACUCCCGGUUCCAAGUCUUUGGAAACUAUGAUGACGGUUGGACAACGGAUUAUGGAUCGCGGUCAUCAAGUGAUGACUCUGACAAACCUCGAAAAGUUAAAUUCAGCGAUGAAAUAGGAAGAUCUUUAACUUACAUCUAUCGACAAACACCGAGCAGCAAACGUGAGUGUCGAGAUGAUCAUCAUAUUGAUGCUGAGAUACAAAACGAAGAAUCUUCGUCUACUGGACCUACUGUUCGAUACGAUCAACAUCAUCCAGAACUUAAUUCAUCCGGAACACCCGUUAGUGAAAAAAAUACUCCGUGUGAUGACCAUACAAAUAGUGAAUCAACUGCAACUACAAGUAUUCUUUCACAAGCUACGUCGUCAUCAAAACAAUCUUCUGAAUUGACGGUUUUAAGAAUUGAUCAGCCUAGAACAUACAGUCGCAGUAAUAAAACUGAAUCAAUUCGAAAACAAAAAACCCAAUACACCACUAAAAAAGAUUACAAAUAUUUCAAAAGCAAAGGACUGCAAUCGUCACCUUCAAAUAUUCCAACCGAAACAUCCAUAAAAAAUCUUAAAAAUGCAACGAAGAAGUCAAAAAAAACAAAAAUUUAUUCAGCAUAUUAUCCAUUAGGUUUUAUGUCAAUUCACGGUCUGGGUCAAGAAAUUCGUGAUAAACUUUAUAAUUGCAAUUUUGAUUUGCUCGAAAUGUAUGAAACCAAAAAUGCUGGUGGUCUGAGAGCUAGAAAUAUUGAAAACAAUUCGAAUAUUUCUAAUCAAUCACUUAUAUCAGAAGAAGAAACAUUUCCCAAUACUACAAGACGUAAACGAAAGAUAAUUUUGUCAUCUACGACUGACAAUGAGUCUACGCAAGAAAAUGCUGAUACGUCAUCACGAAAUGAUUCAAAUUCUGAUCAUGAUUCACUAGAUGUUCAAAAUAAAAUAAACUCCAAUUCUCAGAGUAAUGGCCCAGAGUUAACUUGCAGUCCAAAAAAACGCGCAAGGAAAAAAGUAUCAGACCCAACAUCUGAACCGGGCGCGAAUAUUCAAACUCCGUUGAAAAUAUUAGAUGAACGGAAUGUUACAAUCAGGCGGGGGAGCAGUUAUAAAAAAUUAUAUGAUUCAAGGAAGAACAUAACAAGUGAAUCAAACGAAAUAAAUUCAGCAUCAACCUCAAGAAGUGAGAACACGAAUUCUGAUAAUUCUGGAAAAAUACUGGGGAAACGUUUGAAAAUUAUUUCAGAUCAGGCGUUAAGUGACAGCGAGAAAAUACCUUUGCGUCAUUUGCGUAAAAAAAAAUGAUUCUCUUUUUAUACUUUCGUAAUUUAUGGUGUACAGGGAAUUAUUUAAUUAGUUAUUGAUUGGGUUCAAUUAUUAAUUGUAAAAAAUUAAUUAACUUUGUUUAUAGUGUACAGUAACAGUUAAAUUUAAAGUUAAUGUUUUUAAUUGUUGAGAAUUGAUUAAGAUGGUAAAUUAUUUAUAUUAACAGAAAUUAUUUAAAUUUUCGGGGGCAUUUAGGAAAUUGAAUCGCUUCGAUAACUCCGUUAAUGUAUUUGAAUUUUUGUAUUGAAGUCUUGCAGGGCGAGCAAAAAUUGAUUAUUUUUCUUUGUAAUUGUUAUAUAUAUACGUCUAAAAUUAUUAUUUUUCAUGAUUGUGAUUGAGAAAUUAAAAAAAUUGUUAGAGUUCAUGUUAUUUAAAAAUUGUCGUUUGAAAAGUUAUAAUUGUAAUUUUGAUGAGAAAUUAAAGUUGAUAAAAAUAUAGGGAGCAUUUGGAAAUGCACCC